AUGGGAACUGCAUUCAGCGCGGAGGUUAGCGACACACGCGAGCUGGCGAGUGUCUUUAUGGACGCAUUUGGCCGAGAAUAUGAUAAGCUCUACAUAUGGUUCAUGGUGCAGCACCUGCGGCAGGUGAUGCAGCGGGAGGCGGAAUCGAGUGGCGCAAAGGCGGCGGUGUGGCGGCUCUACCACGCGCCGUCGGUUCCAAGACAGAUCAACGACCGUGACUUCGUGAUGGCCGCGAAGCUGAGCAAGCACCUGAAGCGCUGGAAACCCCGCUUCUUUGUUCUCCGUGGUGACUUCCUGCUCAACUACUACGAAUCACGUGCCGACUACACGGAGAAGAAGCAUCCGUUGGGAACNCCGCUUCUUUGUUCUCCGUGGUGA